GAGUGGAUACUAAUUUGUGUAGUUUGCCAUCCUGCUUUGCGACAGGCAUGGUUUUCCUGCCUAGGUGCUGAAGAGAAGAACAAAGCAUGGGCAUCAUUUGAACACGUGUUCAAGGAGUACCAAAAGGAUGUUCCUAUACCAGCUGACACUCCUGCUAUUUCAUCAGCCUCAGCAGAACAGUCAAGCUUUCUUGACUCAUUGUCUGCAGCUGUUGACUUUGCAGGUGAGCAAGGGUCUGCUCCUGUAAGAUCUGAGUUAGAUCAUUGGAAGGAUGGUGAAGGUGGCAAGGGAGACACUUAUUACCCUCUCAUUUGGUGGAAAGCACAUGCUCAUGAAAUCCCUGUCAUUUCCCAGAUGGCACGAGACUUUUUGGCUAUUCCUGGUGCAAGUGUGGCAGUAGAACAGUUGUUUUCGUCUUCACGUCACCUUUGCACUGAUACUCGAAGCUCUUUAAAAGCUGAUACUAUCACACAAGCUAUGUGCACAAAGCAUUGGAUUAGGGAAGGUUUGCUUAAGUUAUAA